GCAUACGCCUUACUGUCAUUCAAGCCAUUUUUUGUGUGUUGUUUCGUAAAUUUUGUUUCUGUUCUUUUAUUACGAAUUUUCGUUGUUAAGUCAUCAUGUUAUUCAUAUGACAAACUGAACGAUUGACACCCAAGUGCCUAAAUUUUAAGAAUUUCGAAGAGAAAUUGUCGUGGAACAAAGUGCUAUUUGUGGAAAAUUAAAAAGGAAAAAAAAAUUGUGUGAUCGAACAUGGAAGACAUAUUUCACUGGUGCCGUGAAGGAAAUUCCAUUCAAGUGCGAUUAUGGCUCGACGAUACGGAACAUGACAUGAAUCAGGGUGACGACCAUGGAUUCAGUCCGUUGCAUUGGUGCGCUAAAGAGGGCCACACAAAACUCGUCGAAAUGCUGUUACAACGUGGAGCGCGAGUGAAUGCCACCAAUAUGGGCGAUGAUAUUCCUCUACAUUUGGCAGCUGCACACGGCCACCUAGAUAUUGUUUUGCUGCUGCUACGUCACCGGUCUGACGUUAAUACGACUAACGAACACGGCAACUCUCCCCUUCACUACGCCUGCUUCUGGGGCUAUCAAGCCAUUGCCGAAGAGCUGGUCAAUCAUGGUGCUCUGGUAUCGGUAGCUAACAAAGAUGGUGACACACCGCUGGACAAGGCCAAAGCAAUGCUGGCGAAACGUUUGCACGAUUUGGCCGUCGAAAGUGGUCAGGAAUUGAAGAAGAUCAGUUUCAAAGACCAAAGCUGGUUGGGCUUGAAGACACGAUCCCGUGACGCAACACUGUCCCGUUACAAGGGCAUUAACAUCAGAGAUCUGGAAUUGCAUACGAAAAUCGCCAUUUCACCGUCGGGUGAGACGUGGCGCGGUCGCUGGCAGAAGAAUGACAUCAUCGCAAAGAUCUUGAAUGUCCGGGACUGUAAUGCAAGAGUAUCGCGCGAUUUCAACGAAGAAUUCCCAAAGCUGCGAAUUUUCUCGCAUCCGAACAUUUUGCCCGUCAUUGGUGCAUGCAAUAAUACGCCGCAGAACUUGGUGGUCAUCAGUCAGUAUAUGCCUCGAGGAUCACUGCACGAAUUGCUGCAUAGUGCAGCCGGUGUAAUAGUUGACACAGCACAAGCGGUAAGGUUUGCUUUGGACAUAGCUCGUGGAAUGUCAUUUUUACAUUCACUGGAACGAAUCAUACCGGAGUACUUGCUGAACACGUAUCACGUCAUGAUUGACGACGAUCUAACAGCACGCAUCAAUAUGGGCGAUGCGAAAUUUUCGUUCCAAGAACACGGCCGUCUCUAUCAACCAGCCUGGAUGUCACCAGAAGCGCUGCAACGCAAACGAACCGAUCGUAACUGGGAAGCGUGCGAUAUGUGGAGUUUUGCCAUUUGCAUCUGGGAAUUAGCCACAAGGGAAGUGCCAUUCGCCGACCUGUCGCCAAUGGAAUGCGGAAUGCGAAUCGCUACCGAAGGUCUACGCGUACAGAUACCGCCCGGGACAUCGCCGUAUCUGACAAAGUUGAUCAACAUUUGCAUGAACGAGGAUCCGGGUAAACGGCCGACAUUCGACAUGAUCAUCCCGAUUUUAGACAAAAUGAAACGUUGAUGACAUGCUUGGACUGAUGAUCCGCUAGUGUUUCCUGUCUAAUUUGAAUGGUAUAUCCUCCCCUUCUUCCUUAUUCCCCCCAGUAAUGUGCUAACAUUUUCGAAAUGAAAGUUUUAAGUUUGAGAAAUAACCAAAAAAAAAAGAAAUUCUUUUAACGUCGGACUUAGUCAUUGUUGGUUAUAAGUAGUAUUCGUGUCGUGACUAAUAAAAAAAAUGGUUGAAUUUCGAAAUGCCAACGUAACACACACGCCCAUGACAAAAUAUCGAACGUUUUCAUUCAACGAACUUCCAGCUAAUGUGCCAGACUAUUUGUAACGUAAUUACACUCACCAUACAUAAGACAACCACUCACUCAGCCUUCGAAUGUUAAUUGUAAUAUGGUUGCUAGUCACAAAAUGAUUUUUUUUUUGAAAUUUUCAAAAUAUAUUGGAGGUCGAUGGUGCCAAAGUAUAUAAACACUGAAAGUGUGGUGUCAAUCUUCUGCGCAUCACAAAUAAAAUUCGGAGACCAAGUUUCGGUUGAAUUUGAAUGCAGCGUCACAUUUUGUUUGGUGUAGCGCUAUUUCAUGAAAUCGCUAACACUUACAAUGAGGUGAACUUACGCUGCACUCAAAUUCACUCAAAACUUGGCUUCCGUGUGAUUUCUCGGAGUUGCAUUAAGCCUAAAACACACGAACAAUUUUGCGUUUAUGAGAUCGACAAUUAUGAUACGCGUUUCACUGUUUGUCCUAUGCUUCAAAUCAGAUUACAAUGGAAAACGCCGCAGCAUUGUCGAUCUCAGCAACGGAAACUUGCUCGUGAGUUUUCGGCCUUACCUUCAGUGGCUUAUAUAUUUUCAAUGGUGCGCUUACUGUUUUUUGAAAUAUGCUCGUUAAGAGCAACGAUUUCUUGAGUUUGGAUACACAAACAUUGUCUUGUUGAUAUAUUGACACAUGAUGCGAUGAUUCGUUUUAGUUCGAAACGGAAAUUGUAACAGUCCACUGUUCAUUUGGGUUUUAAAUCCAGGCUCAAGUAAUCAUUUCUCUUAAAACAUUGUAAUUGCCAAACAAUAGAUGGCGCGCCUGCACGAUCUCUCUUCUACCGGUUGGUCGAUUAGUUUUCUUUGAAGAGUCUCGUAACGCGGUGCCUUUUCUUCUUUAAAAAAAAACGAAAAUUAUUCUCGCUUUUCGAGUUAUACGUUUGAAUGUAAAAAGAAAAAUUAUUUUUAAUAAAAAGUAACAGAGAAAAGUAUUAACAAAAUGA